GAUCAACACCAUCGCACAUUAACAUUUCUAUCGCAACUUAUAACAUGGAGGUCGAUAGCGAUAAUGGACCUCUCACUCUUUUCGCCUCGGGCGCUACUGUGGAAAAGGACGUCUGGCCUACUGUGCGCAGUGACAUAAUUGCCAGACUUGACAAGAUUGCGCACAACGAAUUCCCCAUCCCUAAACUACCGCCUCCACCACCGGCUCACCAGCCUCCUGUCGAGGUGCGAGCAUCUGCGCCCGCGUCACCACAAGCCGAAUCGUCUCAAGAAACGAACAAGGAAACUGCUGCAACCGAGUCGCUUCCAGCUACACAAGUCAUUGAUGGUGCGCUACCCAAGCAACUGGCCGAUAUGGUCAUUGACAUCACCAAACAUCUCGAGACCUUUGAGACACACCCCCCACACACCAUUCAGCGCCUUGCCGAGCUGAUCUUACGACCCAGAGCGCAUUAUAGAGCAGUAGCGCCUUAUCUACAUGCCGUUGAUCGCGUAGUCCAGGUGACAUCGAGCACAAAGACAUAUCCCCUGCCACCGCCUAUUCCUGACAUGUCUUCGAUGCAUUUGAAUGGCGAGGACCCCAAGGAUCCAGCAGUGUCAGUCUCAUGGAGCAACCCUACAACGGCAGCAUUGGGCACAGAUGAAGCGCUGGGAGGAGCACUGCUAACGCCUAUUCCUUGGUUGACGAGGCGCAGCCCGGAGAGUUCACAGGACACCCCGGGAGCUCAAAUUCACAGUGAAAGCACAGAGACUAUCGAGGGCCCCAAUGGAGUAGGAAGCAUCGAGACGGUUUCAGUCAGCGUCAACGGAAUUCCAUCUACGGGGCAUGCACGAGGGGUCACACAAGGAGAACUCUUACGCCAAGAGCAAAGAGCCGGCGUGGUCCCCGUGAGCCAACUGUCAAGAGCCCAAGAAGUGGUUCAUGAAGGAGAACGUAUGACGAUGGACGAGGAAGAGGACGAAGAGCCACAUGAGGAAGAAGACGAGAUACCCCAUGCCAGAGGGCCCGAAGAGAUCGGCAUGAGCGACACCGGACCUCAAUCUACAACUACGAGUUUCAUGUCAGAAGGUAGCAUGGGAAUGCAAGGGAUCGAUGUUGAGGCGGCAGUUGGCAGGAAACAUGACGAUGACGAGGAGGGCAAGGUCGAUGUAGACGCUGAUGGAGAUGCUGAGAGCGAGAGUGAAGCCAGGAGCCCCGGCGCAGAGAGCGUAGGCUCCAAACGGGAAGCAGACGAAGACCUUGAAAGCGAAACCCACAAGAAGCUAAAGGAAGAAGAAGAAGCCGAGGACGACAAGAAAGCUGAUACAGUGGCUUCUGAUGUGAAGGAGGAAGAGAAAAAGGGAGAGGAAGCCAAAGCUCCAGCGAGCGAGACGAAGUCAGAAGCCGAUGACAAUAAGAUGGAUACCGAAUAGCAAUCUAUCAGCCUCACAGAGCGCUUCAUGAUGAGACGAAUUUACAAAUCCUGGAGUUUUGAUUAAUUUUUUGUAUUACAUAGAAGGCGUACUUGAGCAUUUAUCCCCAUACGGGAAUGUAAUGCCGUUUAUGUUUGACCUUGAAUCACUGAGGACCUAAUCAAAGUGUCUCAUGAUGACAACGGAGAUUAUGAUACUCGCAUCCAAGACAUGAAAUAAUGACCUAUCGUAACAUGACUUUCACCGCUUUUAGUGAGAGUUCCAUUGAG